AUGGUUACCAUCACUUUAACAGCAGCAUCGGGCUCUUCUACUUCUAGUGCUGCUGUUUCUACAAGAAGCCCAAGCUCAUCAAUUGCAGUACCUGCACCGUCACAGUCUGUCGUCUCAAGCUCGAGCACAACAUCUACACUCAUUUCAAGCACUUCAAGCAGCUCUAGUUCUAGCUCCAGUUCUAGCUCGUCCGCUGUUAUUAUCCCAAGUUCUAGUUCGACUUCAUCUACUUCCUCAUCUACAUCAACGAUCUCAUCUUCUGUUUCCGCGGUUGCUUCUGUGACAUCUACCAUCUCAACUGCUUCAAGCAGCAUUAGUACGGCUCAAAGCUCUACAGUUGUGCCUAGCUCAUCUUCUCAACCUAUUAUUCCCUCGUCCGGAUCAUCAUCAAGCUCGUCUACUUCGACGACCGGAAUUUCUAGCUCUUCACGGCCCAUUAUACCAAACCCCAGUCAAACAUCCACCAUAAGUAGUUCAGGAGGUGUGCUAGCAACAACAAGCUAUGCCGUUUCGUCCGGGACAUCUACUAUCACACCCGUAUUUCAACAAACAACAUAUUCGCAGUACUCUACUCUAUCCGGUACUGUGACCUCAAGUACCACAGAAUCAAAUGGUCACAUUGUGCCCCUGAUCAUCUGGCCUAGGGGUCUAGGAUGGACUUGUAUUCUCUUCUGCGGUGGAGGAGGAGGAGGUGGAGGUGCUGCUUUUGGAGGCGAUAUUCCAUUUCCAACCGAUCCCCCGGAAGAACCAAACAGCACCCCAACAAAUUCAGACACACAGCCAACAUCGACGGGAAAAUCUACAGCCUCUAGCUCAUCAAGUAGCUCCUCUAGCUCCUCGAGCUCCGGCUCGUCAAGUUCUGCUGUCUCAUCAAGCUCAUCAAGCUCGUCCUCUGGAACCUUUUCGAUUUCUGUCUAUCCUUCGGGCAUUGCGGAUACGUUUGAAUAUUUUUACGACGUCAGCGUCACCAAGUCCGACUGUAACAGUCACCACGCCAACCUCUACAACUAUGCCCUUGUCGUCGGCUACGACUGCAUCCGGUACGAGCACACGAUCAGCAUCGAGCACGGCCGUAGUUUCUACAUCGGCUUCAUCUUCAGCAGCACCGAUUUAGGCACAUACACCGUUCCAGGGUCUGCCAGCACUACCGUGGACACCUACUGCCAAUGCGGUGACACGAUUGCUGGCAUCGGAACGACGACGAGUGGUAGCGUUGUUCUUGCAGGCUGUGAGAUUGCUACCCCCUGGCCAAUUGUUUCCACCAUCUCCACUAUUCCACCACCACCAUACCAGACAGGUACCUGUGACUUGCACGUUUUUGAGGCAUCCGAAAGCUACGCACACCCUUUAUACGUACAGUUGAACAUUACCGACGGGGCCAACAAUCUACUUGCCAGCCAGGAUUUCCAAAUGAAGUGGGGUGACAACGCUACCGUCUCAGCCAGUGAUUCAAAGCUUCCGUAUGAUAUUGAUGUGGACUUUUUGAGAUCCACGUCGGAAUCGUCAAAGAAAAAGCGAGUGAUCGUGCCUCCACCGACCAACACCGUAGACUGGGAGGAUUGGAUUCUUGCCAUAUCCGCCGGGGGUACAUCGUGGACUGAUAAAGAGACUGACUCGUCAAAUUUACCGUAUUGCAGCGUUGGUGGAUGGGACAAUGGCAAUUUCUGGGACUGGUUGGAUAGCGUAGUUACCCUGGGUGGUGAUGAGCAUUUGCCGAAUCGACAGAUGGACUGCCAUUGGGCGUGCUAA